CCCACGGCAGCUUUCCUAGCCUCGGCACGCCGUGUUCACGGGAACAACGAGAGGCGCGCAGUCUGCCUUUACUUAUUCCUCCCGAAGCCGAUGGGAGGCAUCAGAGACGGACCUCAUCCUUCCAGCUAUCACCUCACUAGGUCGUUUAUCUCACCCGUCGCGAAAAAGGACAACAUCAAGGCUCAGUGAGGCAGUUGGAGUCCCGCUUCAGUCAUGGCGUCAUCGCAAUCCGCCCCCUCCUCCGCAACAACGCAGCGUCUUCUGCGCGAGCUGAAGGACUACGCGAAAAACCCAAAUGAGGUAUUACUGCAUCUCCGUCCCGUAGACGACGAGGAUCUGCUACAUUGGGAGGCAGUCCUGAAAGGAGUCAAGGGGACUCCGUAUGAAGGCGGCCUCUGGCACCUCUCCAUCUCAAUCCCGCCUAACUACCCUCUCUCCCCGCCGACGAUCAAGUUCACAACGCGCAUUUCCCAUCCCAACAUCUCCUUCACCAACGGCGAUAUCUGCCUCACCCUCCUAACAACCGAGCAUUGGAGUCCCGUCUACACGCUAUCCAGCACCCUAUCUGCCAUCCACCAGUUGCUCACGGACCCGCAACCCGAUUCCCCGCUGAACGUGGACGUUGCCGCCCUGCUCAGAGACGGUGAUAUUCCCGGAUGGGAGAGCAUCGUCCGUUACUGGACUGAGGAGGAAAGAUGGCAAGGUCAGGGGAACGCGGCGCGGUAGUAGAUAGCGGUCAGUGAGCUUCGAGGGGAGAUGGGUCUCUUGAGUACGAUUGUUGACGGCCUGAACUAUCUGAUGAUGAGUGUUACAGAUGUAUAACUAGUGAACAGUGCACAGAAGGAACCAUUCUGUAUUAUGAUGGAUACCCGAACGGGAAAUUAGCGGGUAAAUACGAGACGACGAAAUUUGCAGCCAUACUACGAUUUUCACAUGGACAUAUGUAUUUGAAUUCUGAAACCAAGAGAUAGAUACUCCCACAGUCUAAAACUGCAAGAGAUAUUUCAAAUUU